AAUUUCGUAUUCCCCAAACCAAAUUCAAAACGUCUCCUCGAAGUCUCGCGCUCUUCCAUUUCCAUGCUUGAAAUGUUCAAGUACCUCGUCGGUUCCGCUGGAGCAAGCGGCUACGGCUCUAAAUCCACCGCCGAAGAAGUCAGUGAAUCUUGUAUGAACUCCAUCACCGCCAUAGUCACAGGAGCGACGUCGGGAAUCGGAGAGGAGACGGCGAGAGUCUUGGCCAAGCGCGGUGUAAGGAUCAUCAUUCCGGCUCGAAAUCUAAAAGCCGCUGAGGAAGCGAAGGCGAGAAUCGUAUCCGAAUCGGAUUGUUUUGAUCAUUCACGAAUCACGGUUAUGGCUCUCGAUCUUAGCUCUGUGAAUUCCGUCGUGAACUUCGUCUCCAAUUUCGAGUCGUUAAAUUUGCCUCUUAAUCUUCUCAUAAACAACGCAGGCAGGUUCUGUUACGAACAUGCGUUUUCUGAAGACGGAAUUGAGAUGACUUUCGCUACUAAUUAUCUUGGUCAUUUUCUCUUGACGAAACUUCUAUUGAAUAGGAUGAUAGAAACCGCCAAAUCGACAGGAGUCCAAGGCCGUAUAGUGAAUGUGACGUCCAACAUCCAUAGCUGGUUUUCGGGCGACAUAUUCGAAUAUCUCGGCCAGAUAAGCCAGAAAAACAGCAGAGUGUACGAUUCGACACGUGCUUACGCGUUCUCCAAACUCGCAAAUGUCUUGCACACUGUUCAACUCGCUCACAAACUCCAGGAAAUGAAGGCGAAUGUUACGGUAAACUGUGUUCAUCCAGGCGUUGUGAAAACCAAUUUGAACAGAGAACGCGAAGGCUUCGUCACAGAUUUGAUUUUCUACAUGGCGUCCAAAUCAAGGUUGUUGAAGACAAUUCCUGAAGGUGCAGCAACAAGUUGUUACGUAGCCACGAAUCGGAACGUGGAAAAUGUGAAUGGAAAUUACUUCGCGGAUUGCAACGAUCAAGGAAGUUGCGAAUGCAAAACGAAAUCCGCGCAUUUGGCUGAAGGCCUAUGGUCCGCCUCCGAAACCAUCGUCUCCACACUUACCGGUAAGCCUCAACCCUAAUCUCAACCAUUCAAAUGAAUCAAUUGGAUUGUGUUCUUUAUAAAAAAUGGUUUAAAU